AUGGCUGAUCCUCUGCGCAGGACCCUCUCCAAGCUGCGGGGCAGGAGGUCCCAGCGCGGGGCGGCGGCAGGCGCGCACCUCCGCGGGGGGACCGGCGCCCCUCAAGGUAAAGCCCAGCAGCAGCCGCCGGCCAGGGGGGCGCCGUGCGCUCAGCCCAGGAGCCGGGAAGUCUCGGCGCCCCCGGGGGCUGGGAGCCAGGAGGAGUCCGGACAGCGGCAGCCAGGCUGGCCCCGCCGGGGGAAGGCACCGCGUGGCCCCGCAGCUCUGGGGGAAGGGACACCGGGAGCCCUGGGGGACCCAGCCCCGCAGCCCGUGGCCGCCCCCGCGCGGCGCGCUCCUGACAGGGAGGAGGGCGAUUACUACGAUAAUGAGACUCUGCCCUGGGGCUGCUGCCCGGCCCAGACGGGGGAGGAGGCGCGGGGGCUACCGGCCGCCUGUGCCUGGGGCCGAGGGGAGGGGCGCUUGGCCGGGACCCGGGAGAGCGCGGGUAGGCUGCGGAACCAACUGCAGGAGGCCUAUUACCUGCUGAUCCACGCCAUGCACGAUCUGCCCCCGGCCAGCCCCGCCUGCGCGGGAGGGUUCCCGCAGCCCGUCGCCUCUUGCGGGGCCGCGGAGAGCAGCGAUGCCUGGUCCUCCUCCGGGGAGGGCAGCCCGCAGCAGCAGGUGUCCGCCCCCGCCUGGCCACCACCGCCCGGCCAGGGCUCAGCAGGGCGUUCCGGCCAGCUGGCUCCUCCUGGGCGUAGGGGUCAGAGCCUGGGGAGCCUCCCCCUGCUGCCUCCCGGCCGCCCCGUGAAGCCACCGCCUCUGCAGCGGUGUCUGAGCGACAGCGUGAUCCGCUACCACCCCGUGGAGCCGGCCCUGGGGCACCUGCUGCAGGGCGAGUCGCCGGGCCCGGCCUGGGACCGGGGGCGGCCGGAUGGCGGCCGCGGGGGAAGCGAUGCUGCUGAGUGCUCAGUCAGUUGCGGGGAGAGCAGUGCCCAGGGCUCCGCGCCGCAAGAGGCAGCGUGCCCCAGCAGCCGCCCGCCCGCCCCCCAGAGCCCGUUCAGGCCGCCCGCGCUCAGCGUCGGGAAGCUGCAGAAGUGGAUGUGCAAAGGGCACCUGCUGUCCCGCGGAAUGAAGGGGCCCGUCGGGGCAGGGGCUUCCUCCGCUGACCCCAGAGCCAUUGGGACCCGUGCGGCGCUGCCUGCUCAGCCAGACCUCGGAGAAGAGAGGCCCGAAACUCCGCCGGCUUGGGGAGGGCACGGAAGCAAGGCCCUGGUAGCUCCCCCGGAGCAAAGAGUUCUGCUGACAGAUUUAAUUGAAAAUAUUUACAUAUCCUCCACAAGCGGGAGAGAACUUAAAAUUCUUAUGGACAGUGAAGUCCCUGAGCAUAGGCCGCAGCUUGACAGCAUCACAGUUUCUAAGAAACGUAACUGGCUACAUCAGAGUACUCUAAAGGCCCCUAAUCUGGAAGAAGAAAAUAUCUGUAAGAAAAUGCAAGGAAAUACUACCCAUGUACCCAAAUCGUCCAGUCCAUUAUCUGGACCUAAACUGCAACCGGUUCCUCCCAAAUCACCUGCAGGACAGGAACAUCCUGCAAGAACCUCUAGUUUUGUAACUGCCGUUCACCAUUCUACAAGCCCUUCAGUUUUGAGAAAUUGUACUUUAGACUUCAGUGAGGAUAAUGAUGCAGAUGAUGAAGGAGAAAUAUGGUACAACCCUAUUCCUGAAGAUGAUGAGCCUGAUUUCCCCAGAGUCCAUUGUUUUACUGGGAAAAACUCUGUUAAUUUGGACUCCCAUACCACCAGUUUCAAGAUGUUGCCUGGGAAUGACCCAAUUAAAGUAAUGGGGCACAAUAAAGGCCUUCCAUACUUCUCAGAAUCUGCAGGAGACGAUCAAAUGACUCAGGCCUGUGAAAUUAAUCAAGCAGAUUCCAUACAUUCCACAGCGUGUGUGCAGCUGCACAAGCAGAGUUUUGUGUGCAAGACUCAGAGUGCGACAGCAAUAGAGGAGAGCCCUGCAUUUAAAUAUUGUUCAGCAGGAUCUGGAAUCAUACCUGCAAACAAGGCUGAGGCAGGAGCAACAGAAAUUUCUCCUCCAAGUCCUAAUCCUUUGAAAAAAGGAGGAUCGAUUAAUUGGCCUUUCCCUGAUAAAAUAAAAUCUCCUAGAACUGUGAGAAAACUUUCAAUGAAAAUGAAAAAAUUGCCAGAACUCAGCAGGAAGCUGAGCAUCAAAGGAACCUCAGGCUCUAAUAGUUCAGAUAAUCCUUCUUCUUUGCUGAAAGGUGACUGUCAGGAUACAAGCCAUGCCACAUCUUUGCCAUCUUCUGGAAACGCAACAGCAGCUGCUAGCAGGAAUGUUAUAAGUCGCUACCAUCUUGAUAGUAGUGUUUCGUCGCAACACGGCUACAAAAAGAAAAGCAGUGGGAGUUCCAAAUCCUCCAGUAAAGGUGGUUACCUCAGUGAUGGAGACUCUCCUGAACUUAUAGCAAAAUCGGGAAAACAUGGUUCUGUCAGCAGGUUUGGGAAAGGAAAAGAGACACUUCCAAGUAACAACAAUAAACCUGAAAUAGACAUUGAUGCUUUUAGACAUUACAGCUUUUCUGAUCAACCCAAAUGUUCCCAGUACAUAUCUGGGCUCAUGAGUGUUCACUUCUAUGGUGCUGAAGAUUUGAAACCACCACGGAUGGACUCGAAAGAUGUCUUUUGUGCAAUUCAGGUAGAUUCAGUAAACAAGGCAAGAACAGCCUUGCUUACAUGCAGGACGACUUUUUUGGAUAUGGACCACACUUUCAACAUAGAAAUUGAAAAUGCCCAGCACUUAAAACUAGUGGUCUUCAGCUGGGAGCCCACCCCACGGAAAAAUCGUGUUUGCUGUUAUGGAACAGUGGUUCUCCCCACUCUUUUUCGAGUGACAAAGACACAUCAGCUGGCUGUCAAACUGGAGCCCAGAGGACUUAUUUAUGUCAAACUGACUCUCAUAGAACAGUGGGAGAAUUCUCUUCAUGGUCUAGUUGCAGAUCGAGAGCCAGUGAUAUUUGGAGUAGAUGCUCAAAAAGUUGUUGAGAAGGAAAAUGUGGGCUUGAUGGUACCGCUUCUGAUGCAGAAAUGUAUUGUGGAGAUUGAAAAGAGAGGCUGCCAGGUUGUAGGCCUGUACCGAUUAUGUGGUUCAGCAGCAGUCAAGAAAGAGCUUCGAGAGGCGUUUGAGAGGGAUAGCAAGGCUGUUAAUCUCUGUGAAAACCAAUACCCAGAUAUUAAUGUGAUAACAGGUGUCCUCAAGGAUUAUCUAAGAGAGCUGCCCUCUCCCCUGAUAACUAAGCAGCUCUAUGAAACAGUGUUAGAUGCCAUGAUGAAAAAUCCCUUGAAAAUGACAGCAAACGGUUGUGAAAAUGAUCCAAGUGACUCUGAGCAUACGGUGGCCCUUCUGGAUUGUCUGCCAGAUGUUGAAAAGGCAACCUUAAAGAUGCUGUUGGAUCACCUGAAAUUGGUGGCGUCUUAUCAUGAAGUAAAUAAGAUGACGUGCCAGAAUUUAGCUGUGUGUUUUGGGCCUGUCUUACUGAGCCAGAGGCAGGAGACCUCAUACCAUAAUAACAGAGUCUUUACAGAUUCAGAAGAGCUUGCUAGUGCCCUGGACUUCAAAAAACACAUAGAAGUUCUUCAUUAUUUGCUCCAGCUAUGGCCAGUGCAAUGUUCAGCUGCCAAAGAAUCAACAUACUCAGACGUGUUUCCAGGGAACCAGUCGUCAUUGAAUUAUCUGAGACCCAAGAAGCAGCCACCUCAGAUGUUGGAUUUGAGCAGUACUGAAAUGUCAGGGGUACGUAGGCCCCGACCAGCCAGACUAGACAGUCCCUCAAGUAAUCGCUACGCAGGAGACUGGAGCAGUUGUGGGGAAAACUACUUUUUGGAUCCAAAGGAGACACUAAAUGAAGCAGACUAUGAUGAUGUUCCUUCAGAAGAUACAGAAAGUGGGGAAGAUUGCAGCAAAGUAGAUGGACCAGAUAGACUGAUUGAACACGCAAAAUCCAGGUCUGAAGAGCAUACAUUUCAGACCUAUCUGACAAUGCAAACAAUAGAUUCAGCAGCGGACCACAGAGUAAACCUCAAAGACCUGCAAGAAAGUAUUGAUACUCUGAUAGGAAACUUGGAGCGGGAACUCAACAAAAACAAACUAAAUAUUACUUACUAAUUUUCUUGCACGAUACCUGCUGUUGAUACCUCCCUGUUCCUCCACCCGCCUCUUCAAAAAGUCUGUCUGUGGUUUAUUUAAUGCAUUGUGGAAUAAUCUGUGGCCUCCCUUUGGAUAAACAAAUCCAAUUUAGCCAAUCCAUUAUUGUGGAUAAUUUUUCUUCUCGUUAGAAGAAUACAUUGGCCUCACCCUCAGUGGUUUAAGUUGGCCUUUUAGACUAUGUGAAAUGUUAGGAAGAAGUGAUUUUUUUCCCCCCUCAUCCCGUCAAGGUACUAUGCACUUAUGAUGCUUGGAUAGUAUGUGACAGGAGCGAAGGUGCCAUCUUUGUCUGCUCUGUAUAGCAACAGCACUCUUCGUUCCUGAAACUUUAUACCUGGUACAGACAUUCCUCUUAGUACAGGAUUAGUGUUUCUUGGCCUGUGAUUUGCAGCAUGAACUUUAGGUAGAUCCCAUUCUACAAUCUAUGUUACCUUUUCAUUUGCAAUGCAAAGGCUGCUAUGAAAAAAUGCUUUUUAUACAUAUAUAAAAGUUUAGCUGUACAAAAUAUUAUUGUAUUCCUGUAUUAACACUUUUCAGUAAUUAUUUAAACCUGCAAAAAUUAAAUAUUUUUCUAACCUUGUUUGUAUAUAUUUAUGUACAUGUUUGUAUAGUUAUAUUGGGAAGCGGGAAAUCUGAAUUAGAUAAGGAAACCAUUUCUAAAGACCUCCACAUUGUGAUGCCAAAAUAAGGAUUCGCUUGAGCAAUGUAGCAUUUGAUUUUAUGCACAGAAAUAUGUGCCAAGAGAGAGGACAUAGUGAAUGAUUAAUAUAAAUGACCUUGUGUCACAUGUUGUGCUUCAGUUCACAGCUGUUGACUAUUAACUACAUUAAUAAACCAUCCAGUUUAAAGAAGUAUUCCAGCAUUUCCUAAGUAUUUUCAGUGAACCUGUCUGUUCCCUGUAAAGGUGCCCUUCAAGCAAAGAAGGGGGAUGGAGUGCUUUUUAUUUUUUUUUAAUCCUUUCUGAUGAGAUAUGAAGAAGGUCUGAAAGGGUUUUGGGUUUUAAAGCUUUUAUUUUGGGUGUGUGUGGGUGUGUGUGUGCUUUUUCUUUUACCUUAGAAAUAGCAGACUGUUAAAUCUUUAAUACCUUUGGAGGUCAUCUUGCGUGAUUCAGAUGUUCAUUAAGAACUUGGAGGUGAUAAAUACCUAUGAAAGGCAGUCCCCCCCACCCCAGUGUUUUAAUUAAAUAAGUGUUAACCAAAACAAACAAAAUCAAGAGUUUUAAAGAGUCA